CCUGACGCGGCCGCCCCCGGAGCGCGCGAGGCGAGCGGUCGCGGGCUCUGGCUCCGCCGCGGAGACGCUGCGGCCGCCGGCGUGCCCGAGGGGGAGGCCAGCAUGUCGCUGCCGCCGGAAAAGGCGUCCGAGCUGAAGCAGCUCAUCCACCAGCAGCUGAGCAAGAUGGAUGUCCAUGGCAGGAUAAGAGAAAUUCUUGCUGAGACGAUUCGGGAAGAAUUGGCACCUGAUCAACAACAGCUAUCAACCGAAGAUUUGAUCAAAGCCCUUAAGCGCCGGGGAAUCAUUGAUGAUGUGAUGAAAGAACUUAAUUUUGUUACUGAUAAUGUUGAUCAAGAACUCCCUUCCUCUCCAAAACAACCUGUUUGUUUUACUGACAGACAAUCAACGUUAUUAAAAAAAACUAAUAUUGAUCCAACACGGAGGUAUCUUUACCUUCAGGUUUUGGGUGGAAAAGCUUUCUUGGAACAUCUGCAAGAACCUGAGCCUUUACCCGGACAAGCUUGUUCGACCUUUACUUUAUGUUUACAUUUUCGAAACCAACGUUUUCGUUCUAAACCUGUUCCAUGUGCCUGUGAACCAGAUUUUCAUGAUGGCUUUUUACUUGAAGUACACAGAGAAAAUUUAGGUGAUGGAACUAGAAUGGCUGACUCUACCACAAUGUUAUCAAUAAGUGACCCAGUUCAUAUGGUGCUAAUCAAGACAGACAUAUUUGCUGAGACCACUUUAGUUGCAUCCUAUUUUCUUGAAUGGCGAUCAGUGUUGGGUUCAGAAAAUGGAGUGACCAGUCUUACUGUGGAACUUAUGGGUGUAGGUACAGAAUCAAAAGUUUCUGUGGGAAUUUUAAAUAUAAAACUUGAGAUGUACCCACCUCUCAAUCAAACAUUAUCUCAAGAAGUAGUGAACACACAGCUUGCUUUGGAACGUCAGAAAACUGCAGAGAAAGAGCGGUUAUUUCUUGUGUAUGCUAAGCAGUGGUGGAGAGAAUAUUUGCAAAUUCGACCCUCACACAAUUCACGACUGGUGAAGAUUUUUGCACAGGAUGAAAAUGGGAUUAACCGACCAGUCUGUUCUUAUGUAAAACCACUUCGAGCUGGAAGGCUUUUGGACACUCCAAGGCAAGCAGCAAGAUUUGUCAAUGUCCUUGGUUAUGAACGAGCCCCUGUUAUCGGAGGAGGAGGUAAACAGGAGCAGUGGUGCACUCUGCUGGCCUUUCUCUGUAGAAACAAGGGAGACUGUGAAGAUCAUGCCAACCUUCUCUGCAGCCUCCUGCUCGGGUAUGGGCUGGAAGCUUUUGUCUGUGUCGGGACCAAGGCCAAGGGAGUGCCCCACGCAUGGGUCAUGACGUGUGGCACUGAUGGGACUGUCACUUUUUGGGACAGUUUAACAGGACACAGGUACCUCCACAAACCUAUCAACCCUGAUGAGCCUCCAGCUGCUGAACAGCCCAAACCAUUGUACCCGUAUCGAACAAUUGGUUGUGUUUUCAAUCAUCAGACGUUCCUGGGAAACUGUCAGCCCUCUGACUCAGUGGAAAGCUGUGUGUUUGAUCUGAAUGAUGAGUCCAAGUGGAAACCCAUGAGUGAGGAAGCAGUUAAAUCUGUGUGUGCUCCAGGGGCCACCACGUCCCUUCCUCCCUUCCCUCCGCUGUGUGCGUCCACAAUCGACGCUUCUGUGACAAGCAAUGAGAUAGAAAUGCAGCUCAGGCUGCUCGUGUCAGAACACAGGAAGGACCUUGGCCUCACUACUGUCUGGGAAGACCAGCUUUCUUAUCUCUUGUCACCAGCUCUGGCGUCUUAUGAAUUUGAGCGUACGACAAGCAUAUCUGCAGGCAAUGAAGAGUUUCAGGAUGCUAUCAGAAGGGCUGUGCCUGAUGGCCACACAUUUAAAGGGUUCCCAAUACACUUUGUGUAUAGAAAUGCGAGGCGCGCGUUUGCCACGUGUCUUCGAUCUCCUUUCUGUGAAGAAAUCAUCUGUUGCCGUGGAGACCAGGUGCGCCUGGCAGUUCGUGUCCGCGUGUUUACUUACCCUGAAUCUGCUUGUGCUGUUUGGAUCAUGUUUGCUUGUAAAUAUCGCUCAGUACUAUAGGACUAAGUUUCUAUAAGACUAUACCUGUGUUUUAUUAGAAUUUUACACAUUGUGUUGAUAAUAAUACUAGGUGUUUUGAGGUUCAUUACUUUAAAAAUCACAAUCUGGCUUCGAUGUCAUAUUUAACUUUUAUAUAAGCCUCACUAAUAAUGUUUGAAAAGUAUCAUGAUGUGUGUUUAAAAAUUAAGGAUGAAAAACUUGUAUAAAUCUGAGAGGAUGGUAGUAUAAAUUAAGUGUUUAUCUUAUUUUAAUAAAUACUACUUUGCUUAUAAGUAGUCAGUAGUUUAAAUAUGAAAAUAAAAUUUACUUAGUUUUCUUUGCAUUAACAGGUAAUCAGAAAGUUAUUUGCCUAAGGAUUUGAGCCAUAGUGAAGUUAAUACGAUCAUUAUUUUUCAUAGAGUAAUGGGAUUAUUUUAUAUAAAUUAGGAGAAAUUAACUUCACAACAUUUAUUUAUUACAUAGAUGAAAUACAUUUUGAUGAAUUUACCACUUUUGUGGUUUACUCAUAACUACAGGGAUAUUUGUGACUCUCUAGAGAGUUAUGGGAAGACAUGGAUGCAGGAGCAGAGAAAAAACUCAUACCAGAAAAGCAUUAUUAUUAAUAACAAACCACACAUGAAAGUAUACAAAUAAUUUAUAAAUAUUUGUUAGUUUGAUUCAUUGUAAAAGUGAAUUGUGUAUUUUAUUAUUUUUUUUGCUUAUUUAUUUUUGAAUUAUUUUAGAAAAAAUUUAUUAUACCCUUUAGUUGUAUGUUGAAAAUUGUUUUCUAUAAUUGAUAUUGGCAGUCUGCUGAUUUUCUGUGGUCACAGCAUUCUUUACUAGCCUCUCGUGGAGUCUAUCUUUUGAAAUCACAGUUUUUGUUUCUUUCUUUUCUGUUUAUGAUAAAAGCAUCCAUGUGUAUGUGGUGAAUGUAAAUCAGAGAAUCAUUAUGUGAGGCCACUGAAAAAUGAGCAUCUGUGAGUGCCUCCAUGCUGAUGUUUGUUUUUAAGUUGAGAACAGUGCACUUUGAAGAGGCUGUAGUGGUUUAAACUUUGUGAGAAGCUGCCUGAUGGGAUUGCCUUGCCAUCCACCCACCUCUCUACAGCUCUCAUUCUUUCCUGCACCCACUGGGCUUCUUAUGAAAGUGACUAUACCAAGUGGCUGUGCAAGUUAUGCUUUUCAUCGCUAAUUCAACAUGGCAAAUAAAAUGAUAUUUUAGAAAUUAAAAUCUAAAGAUACUCUAAAAUUUACUUUUUAAUUUUUACAUAUGUAAUUAUUUAUGAUAUAACUUGUUUUAAAAGUCUGAAAAUAAUCUCUCAUACCAAUUUUUAUUGAAAAUGACCA